GCUUGAACAACUGCUUAUAUUGAAUGGUAGUUGUUGUACGAAGCACGAUGCAUUGUUUCAUUUGUUCUCAUUAGCAAUCUACACGUUUCUCACGGUCUAGUCUUUCAAUUUUCAUCAUGAAGUCAAUCACUUCUAUAUUCAUUGCUGCACUCCUAUCUGGCGCGGUUGCCCAAACACUUGCCCCUUCUCCGACGGAGUCUGUGGGCUGCGAACCUCAUGAGGACCACUGGCACUGUGAUGGACCCGUCUCUACCUCAUCUGCCACCUUCACCACAACUGUGUCCGGUUCUGCCGCUACCAUUACUACUGCGACUUCUACUUCUUCGGAACACCAUGAUGAAGAGGAGCAUUCGGCCGGAACUGGAAGUCUAGCUCCUAGCCCGACCGAAUCCGUUGGAUGCGAGUCUCAUGGAGAUCAUUGCUGGUGCAUGGCUGGUACGACUGAAUACCAAGUCUCUGUCGCAGCUACGGCAACCUCGGACCUACCUGCAUCUUAUACAGGCUGUCAUAGCCAUGGCUCAGGACUAUACUGUAUGGAUGAAAAUGGCGACGACGUCCAGGUCAUUACAGAAGAAGUCACUUCGUCCAGCGGAGAAUCGGCCAGUUCGGAGGAGAAAUCAUCUAACUCCGAAGAAAGUUCUGGAUGUCAUUUCCAUGCUGGUGUCGAACAUUGCCCGGGCGCCGAAGCUGCAUCAUGCGAGCGAACGUCACGCGACUAUAAUAUUCCGUUAAGAAUUGGAUUAUUAUUUGCCAUCCUAGCCACAAGCUUUAUUGGGGUCGCCGGACCAAUCUUUCUAAAACCUGUCCUGCCCGCAAAGUUUCAUGUUAUAUUCGUCGUUCUCAAACAGUUCGGCACCGGUAUCAUCAUUUCGACUGCGUUUGUCCAUCUGUACACGCAUGCUACACUAAUGUUUACGAACGAGUGUCUGACGGGUAUUGACUACGAAGCGACUACGUCAGCGAUUGUGAUGGCGGGCAUAUUUCUGUCCUUCUUGAUUGACUACAUCACUCAUCGUGUCGCGCAUGGUAUGGGCAAGAAGAGCAAGCUUGAAGCCGGAUCGAUUAGAGAGGACGGACUCAUUAAUGUGAUGGUACUGGAGGCUGGCAUUAUCUUCCAUUCUAUCUUAAUCGGUAUCACUCUCAUCGUUGCCGGCGACAGCUUUUUUAUCACUCUGUUCAUUGUCAUCCUGUUUCACCAAAUGUUCGAGGGCAUCGCAUUGGGCACUCGCAUUGCCUCCGUUGGCCAUGCGAUCCCAGCAGAAGCGACUGCAACUGGAACAAGCAGAACAAACUCACCGGACAAAGCCACAGGGCCUAGCAUUUUGCAUCAUGCUCCAUUCUCAGGUAGUCUACAGGGUUCGAAGCCCUUGUCGAUGCUUCACAUGUUGAUCAUGGCCUCUGCCUUUGCAGCGAUUACCCCUAUCGGCAUGGCGAUUGGAAUUGGAGUUCUGAAGCAUUUCAAUGGCAACGAUCCUUCGACGUUGAUCGCUCUUGGAACCCUUGAUGCCCUUUCGGCAGGUAUUCUAAUCUGGGUCGGCCUGGUGGAAAUGUGGGCUCGAGAUUGGAUACUGGGUGGUGAGAUGAUGUAUACCAGUAUUGGUGUCACCGCAAGCGGCGGCCUCGCACUCAUCGCUGGUAUGGUGUUGAUGAGUGUUCUGGGCAAGUGGGCAUAA